UUAGUGGAGGUUGUGUACUGACGGUCUGUCUCAUGCGGCCUAGUCGCAAUAAUUCAUUUCACAUAUGUUUAUUCGGGUCAAAAAGAAUAAAUUCAGAGGUAUAAUAAGUUUUUAAACACAAUGGAUAUGGAUGCGGUGAACGCCUUUAACGAGGAGAUGUUGUCCAUGAUGGACAUGCCACCCCCGAUAUCUCGAGCCAAAAUGAUGUCUGUAACUAAAGCAGGAAUCAAAGCUAUCAAGCUUUAUAAGCAUGCUGUUCAAAUUGUGGAGAAGUUCAUCAAGAGGUGUAAACCAGAUCUGAAGGUCGCUGGUCUCUAUGUGGUCGAUUCGAUCAUCAGACAGUCUCGCCACCAGUUUGGCGCAGACAAAGAUGUGUUUGGUCCAAGAUUCUUGAAAAACUUUUCCGUGACAUUCCAGAACCUGUACGAGUGCCCUGUUGAUGACAAGGAGAAGAUAUUACGUGUGCUGAAUCUAUGGCAGAAGAACGAUGUGUUUGGAAUGGACAUCAUUCAGCCUUUGCUGGAUAUGGCUGCAGCUCCAGUACUUCCUGUCUUUGAGAAUGGCACUACUGUGGGCGUCUCACUCGCUACACCGAUGUCAGUACCACAGCUGUCAUCAGCUUCUGCCUCAGCAGUGACCCUGCCCAGUCUACAGAACCCAGUGUCUCCACCCACUCUACCCAACCCUGUGGCUCCACCCCACCUACAGAACUUUAUAGCUCCACCUAGUUUUCAGAACCCAGGUGCCCUGGCUGCAGUUGCCCAGUUGCUCCAGGGCACACAGGGCUUAGAGCAGCUGCUUCAGAGUCUGCAGCAGAGUGGAGGGGCGGGGCUUUCACAGUCCACUGCCCCACCCACCGAACAGAAGACAUCACUAGCUAAGAGUUUACUGGAUCGGUUUGAUUACGAUGAUGAUCCAGAACCAGUGGAGGAAAACCCUGAACCUGCCUAUGCUGCUCCUCAUGCGUUGAAUCUUACACUAGAAUUACAGCAAGCCCUGCAGGCCCACCUUCUAAGCCAUCUAGCUAACCAGUCACAGGUGCAGGAGCAGGUGGCACAUCAGAGCUUGGCAGCAAUGGUGCAGAACCAAAUACCUGACAACACACUACAAAACACAGUACACACCAUGGAUGAAAGCAGCAUACCGCCCAGUUUCCAUCAAUCACAUGUCCAAAACCGCUUCCAGACAACACCUUUACCCGAGGAGUCAGCUGUGAAGAUGGAUCACUCAGCAGAUGAUCGAGACAGAAGACACAGAAGAUCACGAUCCAGGUCUCCACAAAGAAGUUCAACGUCUCGUUCACGAAGAUCGCGGUCUGGUUCACGCUCACAUCGGGAGAGGUAUCAUCCCACACGAUCCCGAUCCAAAGAGCGCCAAGCGCGAUCAGAGGAGAGGAGAGAGAGAGAGAAGGAGAGAGAGCGUAGACAGAAAGGACUUCCGUCCAUCAGGAAGGAACAUGUCAGCGUGUGCAGCACUACGUUAUGGAUCGGCCAGCUGGACAAAAAGACUCAAAAACAGGAUAUCAUGAGUCUGAUGGAGGAAUUCGGACAGGUUGAGUCUAUCAAUAUGAUUCCUCCUAGAGGUUGUGCUUACGUUGUCAUGGUGCACAGACAGGACGCACACACAGCCCUGAACAAACUCAAUAGAGGGACUGUUAAAGUCAACCAGAAAUCUAUUAAGAUCGCGUGGGCAUUGAAUAAGGGCAUUAAAUCGGAGUUUAAGAAGUUUUGGGAUGUGGAGCGGGGUGUCACAUAUAUCCCCUGGAACAAAGUGAAACCUGACGAUAUUCAGAGUUAUCGAGGAGGUGGCAUGCUGGACACUGAAACACUCAAACCAGAGUGGAACAUUUCUACGGCCAAUCCAGCAGUGCCAGUCACAGGAGGACCUGAAGGAGGACAUGGAAAUAGAGCUUCACUCAUAAAGGUAUCACAGAGUCCCACAGUUCAUCCUGUGGCCUCUGGGAACGUCCCGCCGGGACCUCCUCCUAACAUGAGUCUACCUCCUCCUGCUAUGACCACAGGAGGUCCUCUUCUAGCGUUCCCACCUCCAGGAUUCAACCCCGCAAAGAUGCCUGCAGGUUUCCCUCCUGCCGGCCCAGUGAGCCGAAUGAACACCGCAGGUCCACCUUCCAGCAUCACAGAAAACCCGGUGUUAUACCCUUCAAAACACCCACUCGAGGGCCGUAUGGCUCACACCGACCUGACGGGAGGUCCACAGCUGAGUCCUUCAAGGAGCCUUCUGGGUCAUGGACCCCUACUGCCACAUCCCCAAUUAGGACCCCGCCCGCCAUUCAUGCCCCCCUUCCCCAAUGACAUGCCCCGUCCCAACAUGCCUUCUCCAAACGUGCCCCCUCAGAUGAUGCCUCCCCGAGGCCCCAACCCCAUGUAUGGAGAACGUCCCGCUGGGAGAUUCCGGAUGCCCGCGGUGACCCCUCCAGUAAAUGAUUUCCCCCCUCCCAGAGAAGGAUUCCCUCCUCGUGGGCCACCCAGGGGACCCAGACCAGUAGAUCGCUGGGACGAGGAACCAAACUGGAAUAACCGGAGAGAUCAUGGACCAGAAAACGGACCGGAGAGGUUCGAGCCACCAUUCCAUCGGGGAGGGUGGGGUAGGGGUGGCCAUCGUGGUCGAGGACGCUUUGGGAACUGAACUUGCGUCUCUAAGUUUGGUACCGCGGAUGCACGUAGAACCCGGAGAAUACAGGACACGCUGUCUCCUGUGGAGAACGAGAGCCGUACACGUGAAAGACCGGGACGCUGGAGUUCACAUCUGAGCUGAGAAUAUAUGUGGUGGUGCUUUCUACACGUUUAAUACUUUUCAGAAAAAGAAAAACUGAAGCGCUUGUCAUACAGUGAUGACGUUUUCACAACAAAAUAUAUGAUUCUGAAUUAAAUUCUUCCUUUUUCUGUGUGAAAGUCAAGGGGCAUGAUAUUUCACAACAUGAACUCUAAUGUGCAGAGCGUGAGAGUUUCACAUACUUAAUGUACAAAGUCCAGUUUGCACAGUGUGAGAUUUUUACACCCGAAAGAAAUCAUCUCUAGAAAAUGUUCGGCUCACUUUCUAUUGUGUAUAUUAAGAGGUAUCGUUUGACACUUCUGUACCUUUCAAAGAUGUAAAAUGAUAAAAAAAAAAAACCUUUCCGUUGAUCUGUGAGAUACACGCAUCAUUCUGUAGUAGAACUUCUUUGGGCGUUUAAUUUUACGAGACUAUUUUUUUACCAAUCGCAUUCUUGUUUUCAUCCGUGUAAAUGGUUUAUAUUAACAUGCUACAAUAAAAAAAGAGUAAAUGUGGACACAACAGUGUUUUAUAUUUAGUGGUGACUUGAUAUGUUCAACAUGCAGUACUGUCUUGUCUCGACAGAGGGCGCCUCUUUGUCAAGAUUCAUAGAGCUUACCUUGUCAGAAAGGUAAACACGUUAGGUAAAAUAAAAUAAAUGUGAACAUAAAAUAAUCAGAGUGAUGUAAGGUAACAUUUUUUGAAUUAAUGUAUUAUUUAAUAAAAAAUUAUUUCAUAUACUUGAGUAACAGCCA